AUUCAGUUCAGUUCAGUGGUCGCCCCGUCCGACCGUCCGUCGGAAUAACGUGGUGUUCGAAAGUAAACUCCUAUAGUAUACACAAAAUCGUGUAUAUGUUUUACACAUUGUAUCGGAAAGCUUCUCGUCGGCGAGGUCGUGCAGGUGUAUCGGUGAAAUUUCACAGGUGCUAAAUUUCUGCUGUUUGUGUCCCAUGUUUACUUUUUUUUUAUUUUUGGUUUUCACUAACGAGGCCUUAACGGUACCACUAUCUUAUUAGUAAAUAGUGUUUUUUUUGCAAAUUUAAAAUUUCAUUCGAGCGCAGUGAAACGACAAUGUUUUGUAACUGGAUAUAAUUGGAUUAACUUUAAAAUUAAAUUGGAUAAGGCAAUAAACUUACGUAAAUAAAAACAUGCAAAUCACAGAAGAUACACCGCCAGACAUGCUGGCGGGGGCCAUGGACCUGACAUUGCAUUUACCAUCUGGAAAAAUUGUGAAGAUGUCGGUGGAACGAAACACACCAAUGAUGGACCUUUUGGUGCAAAUCACCACCGUCCAUCACCUACAACUGUCCAACCAUACAUUGCAAGUGCUCGGCAUGGCCCCUACAAAAGAACACAGCGACAAAGUUUUACCUUUUAAGCCAAAUACUCCAAUUGGAACUCUGGAUACUCAACAUAUAAGAGUUCUGCCAAAAAGGAAAAUAGCACCAGUUCCAAAAUGCGUAGCACCAGGACAUCAGCCUUUCGAAAGUACCUUCAGAUUGAAAGUUCAUCUGCCUAGAAAUCAGCUUUAUGUGACAAGGGUUGGUCAGAAUGUUCUGUUGGAUGAAAUCAUGAGGAAAGUGUGCGAGGAGAAGAAUUUGGAUCCGGCAAAGUAUGACUUUAAACAUCCAGAAAAUCUCGAUGAAAUAUUGGAUCCGAAGCUGACAUUAAGUGACUACCAGAUAACGGAGAUAUACGUCGUUCACAAAAACUCGAUAAAUUUAAAUAGGGCUUUUUCUACGGCUGAUAUAAUGGCUUUAAGGAAAGAGGAGGAACGAAAACAUAUAAACAAUAAAACCGGCGGAGUUUUUAACCUUAUUUUUGGACAUAAACGUGGAAAACCGAGCACUGUCUCAGGAUCAAUAUCAAGCGACAACCGUUCGAUAUCACCAUCACACAGCGAGGAUGCCAGAUCGGUUACACCCCCCGUUGUUCAACAUCCCCCGAUAGUGGCUCCACCGAAGAACGAUCCACCACCGGACAGGCCAAAACCCCCACAAAGAAAGAGACGGCCAGCACCAAAACCCCCACAGAUACAAGUAACAGAACCGGUUAAAGAAGAAGAAGUUAAACCAGUACCUGUGCUUCCAGUAGAAGAACCCUUAAACCCGGCUUCCAGAAAACCAAGCGAGAACGGAGUAACUAUCUGCCAUUCCCGGAAUAGCAGUGAUAGUUCUGGAUACCACGAGGCGUCCAUUUUGAGUGAACAUUGCGCUAACGCAUCACUACCGAGAGCUCGACCCAAGUCAGCUUUCGUUGGAGAUUCGACAUCACACCAGGGCACUUCGAAUUUGAAUAGUAUGGCCGGCCAUUCGAGGUCUACAACCAGUUUGGUUGGAGGUCGAAGAAAGAAAGCUGCUCCCCCUCCCCCACCCGCGGUACCAAGCCCAUCAGUAACACCACCCAGUUCAGUAGUGGCCCAACCAUCACAACCUAGUCCCGUAGUAGUUGCUAGUCAACCCGAUAGCACCAUCCAGCCAGAGUUUUCUGAGGUGACGGACUUUACCGCUCAACCCCAUACCCUCCCAAUACCACCCAAACCCAAGCCGAGAAAGAAGUCGCCGAGUGAUAGACCAAGAAGUGCAGUAUUCACGUCAUAUGGGAGUUACGAGGAAAACGAUUCCCUUAUAGAAGUUCUACAGCAAGAAACUUUUGUAGAUAAUAAAGGAGCUUCUAUGGUAGAUAUACAUAAAACCCAAGAUGUCCCUGGGGAAGACUACUCUAUGGAGGAGAUUCUUACCAGCCUGGAAAUUAUGAGACCUUUCAUAAUGAAAGGUGAUAUACCUCCAGCUGUAGAGGAAAAAGAAGAAAUUGCAGAGGUUCAAGAUAUAAUUGCCUCAAAAGAGUUAUCCUCCCAACCUCCUCAAGUGAUAGGCAUGAUCCCAAAAACUCCUAAAGAUAAAAGACGAGAUUUCAAAACGGGUUCUGAGACUGCCAGCACGAUCAGUUCUACAGAUGCUAAUUCUGAUAUUGUCGAAGAAGCUGUUAAUCCGUACAUGAAUCGCGAUAAUUCCUUUGCGAGUCUACGCAGUUGCAUAAGUGAGCAUGCACCGGGCUUAGGACAUUACGAAUGGAAAAAGUGGAAAAACUAUGAGGAGCUGGAUUCGAUAUCUUGCAGUUCGACCGGAGUGAGAAAUGUAUGGGUGGCUGGUGAUACAUCUGAUACAGAACCGAUAUCCCCUCUCGAUAGUAAUUCUGCUUACCCUCCACUUACCCAACCAGUGGAAGAACUGAUCCCUGAAAUAAUUCCUUGUAGUGAUAUUGAAGAGCUUGGAACACCUCCACCUCCUCCCGUUUUGGAAGAACCAACAGACAAAGAAGAGAAAUCUGUGGUGGAUGCUAUAGUACCUUCAGAGGAAACAUAUGAACCUGUUGAAGAACAAUCAUCUUCACAUGAACAUCCACUCAGUGAAGACAAAUCUUUGAUAGAGGAAACCUAUGAACCUCCUCCACCUCCAAUUAUAGAUCAAGAGUUAGAAUUCAAUCAGAUUACACCUAGAGCACCAAAACAAUUUAGUCAGACACCCCAACCAGAUUUACUUACUCUGAAUUGGGAAUACAAACUACCCCCUCCGCCACGUCCCUUUCGUGAUGCUAGUCCAACCAAUCUGACGACAAACCGGUCAGAUACAGUAAGUGAGUUUAGGGAUUCAGUGGUGACCUCUCCGGAGCUUUUUGAGAAACUACGUGCGGAUGAUAAUCAGAGUGACAUCACUCUUAAAAGUGAGGUUACGAGCGUUGCUAGUGAGGAGCCCCUAAACACUUUAAGUCUGGAGAAUUUGGAGAAGAGACGUUCCCUGGUUUAUAACAGGGAGAUCACGACUAGCUUAAAAAUGACUGAUAAAGAGCAAAAUUUUAGACCGUCACCACCUAAACCUGUUAGGAAUGUACAUUCGACGCACACCCUUCCUAACUUUAAGAUAACGACGUACGAAGUGCCAAAGCAUAAGAAUAUCACGGUGUUUGAAGAUGAUUCUAUUAGGAGCAAUACUCAUUCUUUGCCAUCUGGAUUGACGAAGAAUAAACUGGGAUAUUCUAUGGAUAACGUGAAUCAGCAAGAGAAGGAGUAUAAUUUUUAUAAACCGGAAGUCAAAACCAACGGGGUGUCGCGUUCUGGUUCGUUUUCCACGGACAAUAGGUUUUCCACUAAACCGGUAUCCAGGUCUAGGUCUACUUUAACACUUAAUAAGCCACAGUUUGGCAAAAGGGAUGACAAUGGUAAUAUUUCGAGGAGCAAUAGUUUAUUUGACGUGUCGGGCUUGCAGAGUUUAGAGGUAAUGAAACUUAUCCAAAAUAAGCUCAAUACACCGACAAGCUCAAUGGAAAACAUCAACUCAGCAACGAAGCCUACUAGCAUCCCACCGACCCCAAAAACAGACACUGACGACGAGAAAACUUCAGUAACUUCUUCAAAAUCCACUUCUCCCACCCCCGUGAGAAAAUACUAUCGGGGCCAACCAUCUGUGAACGUUUUCACUUGGUCUGAACGUCCUAAAAUCCCUGUGGCAGUUAAGGAGGAUGAAGACUAUAAACUUGGGAACCAUGCGACUAUUAGCGAGGAGGAAAGCAAUAUUAGUAAUAACAAUAAUAAUAAUACAGAGAUUACUCAAAAUUCCGGUGGUAAUGUCGUAAUUAGAAUAGGAGGCAGCACAAAUAAACCUUUGAGCAAUAGAUUUGUGGGUCCAGUAGCUUAUAGGAAACCAUUUUCUGAUUUAAAUAGUAGACCGCACUCGAUAGCUCUCCCUUCAGACUUUGACGCCUCACGUGUGCCAAUUGUCCGCUCAGUGGAACUGAAAAAGCCGUUUAUCAAUGGCAAUGACCACUUAAGUCCAACCAAUGACUCCAAUAAAAGAAUCUUAAGGGUAAACAGCUUUAAACCGUUUGAAAACCAUGUUGUCCCAGUAGUAAGGGGCUUUAACACUAAUAAAUCUCCUGAUAUUAUUAGCAAGAGACUAUCCUGGAGCCCCGCGAACUCCUAUAGCAGUACCUUACCAAAACAGUUGGAGAAGGACUAUAGCACAAAUAAGCAUGUACCAUUUUCCCAAUUCACUCUUAGAAGAACAGAGUCAAAUAGGCGUUUAACAGAAAAUGUUCCUUAUAAGUCAUUGCCUACGGACCUAGAAACUCCUCCGGCACCUCCUCCACCACCUCAAAUGCCCAAAGUAACCCUAAGGAAAGCCCAAGUGGAACCAAAAAGCUCAAAAGCUCAUAACUCCUUGGAUGCGCGAGAUAUGCUUUUAGAAUCUAUAAGGAGCUUUGGGGGAAAGAAGGGACUGAGGUCAACCAAAGCUUGACGUUAUUUCAAAAAAUAUUAUUUUGUAAGUUGUGUGCAUUGUAGUCAUUGUUUAUUUAAAGCUCAAUCCUUAGUGAUGGUUUGUAUAUUAUUUACCUGUUGUUUAUGUUUUAAGUAUUAUUUUAUUUGUAUUAUUGUUGGUGAACUGCAUUUUUAUAGUCCGGUUUAGUUAUGGUGUUUCUAGAAGGACUAAUGAGAUGCUCUUUGACUAAUAUACAUCGCACCAUAAGAAUUAUAAUAUUGUAUUUUGAAUGUAUAAUGGUAUUUUUUCUUGACAAUGUUAUUUUUGUAUGAGAAAACCAAUGAUCUUUAAAGGUAUACUAAAGGAGGCUAUUUCAUUCGAAUGUUAUAUAUGAAAAGUCAAGAAGUUUGUUAAAUAUUCUCGUAACCAGUACAUUUAAGGAACCAAAGUUUAUAUUAAAAAUAUUAUUUAUUUGUUAUAUAAAUGUACUAUACAUAUUCUACUACUUACAAUAAAAUAUAUUGAAUUUA